CUAUGGGUCAAUAACUAACGAGUAUUGUGUCUGUGAAUAUUCAGAAUUUCAAGAAAUCUUAAUUCGAGUAUUUGAUGCAAGUUGCAUUUAAGUAUUGUACGUGUUUCGUAUAUAAUGCUGAUCACGGUACGCGUGAUACGUACGGAUAGAUGCGUAUAGAUAGGGCCGAUCUGUAGAAUGGAUGCUUAAUAAGCUACAUUCUGCGUUGCUUAUAGUCGCUUUUCACGAACUCUUUGAAACGCUUGCUUUUAAUUAUUACGUGCAGCGAUUGCCUUUGUACGUCAUCUGUAGAAUGUGGGAAAAUAGUUCAUAAUGGUAUUUUAUUAAGGUCAUGACAACAGUUUGUUAUACUAUAUUUCAUAUACAUAUUUGUGAUUAUUGUGGUUUUGGAAAGAUUAUUAAUUUGUUGAGCAACUCAUUGUGAAUAAGAAUUUUAUUCAAUCAUGGAAUCAUCUGAUAGAAAGAAUGUUUAUCUCACAAAAGCUGGUGAUAAUUCUUUGAAUUCUGGAAUGAGAGAUACAAUGAUCGUUGGUCAAACAAACAUGACACCAGAAUGUGGUGAGUCUGUAAUGAAACCUGGGAAUGUAUCCAGUGUUUCAAAUAAUCAAGCAAAAUGGUCAAAUACUCAGAGUAAAAAUUUUAUCAUUAAUGCAGUACCAGUGAAAAAUGAAAUUGUACACCUUGAAGAUGGAGCACAUUGCAAUAAAAAAAUGUAUUAUUAUGAUAGACAUUACACAGGUCAUGAAGAAACAGAAAGACCAACUCGUAGAGGAACAAAAAGAUACAGAGAUAAAGAUGCACCCAAAAGAGCAUUGUCUGCCUUUUUCUAUUUUUGUCAAGAACUGCGCGGAAAAAUGAGAGAAUUACAUCCAGAAAUGGGAGUAGGUGAUAUUGCCAAAGAGCUGGGAAAAUUAUGGAUGAGUACAGAUCUUCAAACUAAAUCAAAAUAUAUGGCAAUAGCAGAAGAGGAUAGGGCCAGAUAUGAAAGAGAAAUUAUUGCAUAUAAUAAAAGAGUAAAAAACUAUGAUCCGGAAGAAGUUGGGCCUGUAUAAGUUUUUUCCUUAAUUGAUUGAGGAAGAAGGGACAGUGUACUUUGUCCUAAUUCAAGCACUCGCCAAUUAAAAAUGUAUAACAAUUUUACUAAUAGUUUAGUAUUGUCAAUCGUUGUAUAUAUUAAGUACACUGUUGACAUUAAUAUCUAAAAAUUUUUCUGUAUCAAAUUU